AUAGGAGAAGGGAGGCAGGGGAGCCAUGCAUGAGGUGUCAGCUCUCUCUUCCCCUCUAAGUGGGUUCUAGGUUGUAGGGUCUUGCACCUUAAACACCUUUCUGCUGAGCCAUCUCAUCGGCCCGUUCAAACAGUCUUAAAGAUAGAAACUUAAGUCUAUGCUGAAGCUUCUUACCAUGUGUUUGUCAAAAGCAAAUAUCAGAAGCUUUUUUUCUUUCUGAGACGGGGUUUCCAUAUGUGGCUCUUGCUGUCCUAGAACUCACCUUGCAGACCAGGCUGGCCUCAAGUUUCCUAUGUGGUCAGCGAUGGCCUUGAACAUCUGGUCGUCAUGCCUCUUCCUCCCAAGAGCUAAGAUUGCAGGCCUUUACACUUGAUUUAUACAGACUUAAAGAUCGAAACUAUGGUUCAGUCACUCUAAGCAAGUUCCACCAAUUGAACUACAUCCUCAGGCUCUAGUCAAUGGAUUUUUCCCGUUUGUCAAACUUGCAAUGUGUCUAUGUAUUCCUCUUUUUUAUUCAUACUGUUUUCUAUAGAGACUUACAGACUUGCUGCGAACAGCUCUGACCUCCAUACUCUUAGCUAGUAAGGGUUGCUCUGGCAGCAAGAUGAUUGUUACCUCAACAGCAACAGUCUCAUCGGAAUUAGAUUGUGGAAGGUUCUAGGUGAGAAUUCUGUCAUUUGCUGCCAGUGAUGGCUUUAGAAGAAGACACCCAUCCAACCCUACCCAAACUGGAGAAGAGCCCCGAAGAAGAGAGUACGCCCAAGCAUGCCAAUAAGCAUGAGGAUAUUCACCUGCCCCGGUUCUCACUGAAGCAGGGGAUGAUCCCGACACGUUACGUUAUGCCUUGGAAAGAAAACAUGAAAUUCAGGAGUGUGAAUCUGAAGCAAGCAGAAACCUGUGGGAUCUAUGCUGGCCCCUUGGAAGACUCUCUGUUCUGGGGUUACAGUGAGAGGCUCUGUCAUGGGGAAGAUCGGAAGAUCGUCCUGAAGAAGGGCCCGCCGGAGAUAAAGAUUGCCGACAUGCCUUUACAUUCGCCUCUCUCCAAGUACCAGAGCACAGUGAUCUCGCACGGCUUCAGGAGGCGGCUGAUCUGA